AUGUCAAAUAUUAACUCUUCUUCCCAGAAACGAGGCCCACCUACCUCCAUUUCUGUUCCUCGUAAGGAUAUUACGAAGCCUUUGACUCGUAAUGGAACGUUCAAGCAUGUCGUCGCUGACCCCGAUGCAGAUUUUCUUCAUAAGAAGAAAAUAGCUACUGCUACGGUUCGCCGCUUUACUGGCUCUCCUGAAUCUUCAGCAAUCACCUUUGUCUCUUCAGGUACCAUCCCCAAUGGUCAAAAACCUAUCUCCCGUGAUACGUCUCCCGCUGCUCCUUCUACCCCUACUGCUACCAUCACUGAAAUUGAUGAUAGCCCCGUCAUGUCGACCCUGGAUUCGUCCCUCCCUCAUCAUUCAGUAUCCCUGAGUUUGCAUUGGAAAUGCAAAAGCAAAUUCGUCAACAAGCUCGUCGCUUAG